CUCCCGAGGGAUGGUUCUGGGCUCCCGAGACCAGGGAGCAACAUCCUGGCUCCUUCACUGGACCUUCGCCCCGUCCUGGUGCCUAUACAGCGGACCUGAGAGGAGAUGAGAGUCGCGGUCUACCACCUCUUAGCCGGCUGCCUCUGCCUGUUACGCACCGCAGCUGAGGAGUCUCCUCUCCCCCGGGAGCUGCUGGAGCGGCUCUCCCGCAGCGAAAUCCGCAGCAUCAGCGACCUCCAGCGGCUGCUAGAGAUAGACUCCGUAGAGAACGAGGUGAUCGAGGAGACAAAACACAGUUACUACAAGGACUUCUCUCACAGCCUUCCAGACUUGAAGAGAGCGCACGCACACACCAGACACAGGAGGAGCACCCUGGUGGAGGAGGCCUUGCCAGCAGUGUGUAAGGUGCGGACAGUGAUCUAUGAGAUCCCCAGGAGCCAGGUGGAUCCCACCUCAGCCAACUUCAUCAUCUGGCCGCCCUGCGUUGAGGUGAAGCGCUGCACCGGCUGCUGCAACACCAGCAACAUGAGGUGCCAGCCGGCCCGCAAGCACCACCGCACCGUCAAGGUGGCGAAGGUGGAGUAUGUGCGGAGACGGCCCAAGCUGAGGGAGGUGCAGGUGAGGCUGGAGGAUCACCUGGAGUGCAUGUGCACCAACAAACGCCACAUCAGCCCGAACUCAGACACGGACAAUGGAAUCAGGUGA